AUGGUGGGCUGUGGUGCUUUGGGGUGUGAGUUUCUGAAGAACUUUGCUCUCAACGGUGUUUGUUGCGGCCCUGAUGGCUUGUUGACUGUCACCGAUGCUGAUCGCAUCGAGCUCUCGAACCUGACCAGGCAGUUUCUCUUCAGGGAGCACAACGUAGGUCAACCAAAGAGCAAGGCAGCCACUGCCAUGGCUCAGAUCAUGAACCCUGGCAUGAAAGUUCGGGCUUUGGAGAUGUUUGUUGGACCCAAGACCGAGGACACUUUCAAUGAUGAUUUUUGGCUAGGGCUGGAUGGCAUUUGCAAUGCUCUUGACAACAUGGAGGCUCGCUUCUAUGUGGAUGAUCAGUGUGUGAAGUACGAAAGACCGUUGCUGGAGAGUGGUACGAUGGGACCAGCGGGAAAUGUUGACCCAGUCGUCCCUUUCAAGACGCACACGUACCGAGAUGGUGGUCAAGCAGAUGAAGGUGGUGGCAUCCCGAUGUGUACACUGCGAAACUUUCCGCACCUACCCGAUCACUGCAUAGAGUGGGCUCGUGAUCAAUUUGAGCUGUUCUUCGUGAAAUCAGUGAAGCAGCUCAAGAAGUUCAAUGAGGACCCUGGGACAUUCAUCGGCGACAUCAGCUCCAGCACGGAUGUCACGCAAUCCAUCUUUGAGGUGAGAGGCCUUCUCUCCUUGCUGAAUGCUGCAGCCAGUCCGAGCAUUGAAAGCGCUGGGCAGACGGCUUUCGGUGCGUUUCCACAGUCCACAGCGUUCGAUGUGGAGAAAGAGACACACCGGCGCUUUUUGGUUCGGCUCCUCAGUGUGCGUGCGGCCUCCACAGCCCUCUUCGCAGCGAUGCUGGGAGCCGUGCCACAAAAGCAGGAGGGUGAUGCCACAGCGAGCGGCGUCACUGCAGGGGUGAAAGCAGACUCCAAGGACGAUGAUUUCAACUACCACAUCGACUUUAUUACUCAAUGCGCAAACCUCCGAGCCGACAACUACCACAUCACCAACUCGGAUUUUCAUAAGGUGAAGCUAGUGGCUGGGCGUAUCGUGCCAGCCAUUGCGACCACCACAGCUUCCGUGUGUGGUUUGGUGAUGUUGGAGCUCUUCAAACUGCUCCAAGGGAAGAAGACGGAGGGCUUUCGCACACGUCAGAUUGGUCUUGCAAUGAACACCUACACAUCCUUCGAAGCUCAGGAGCCGCGGUCAUUCUCCUCAGGUGUUGAAAAGAAAGUGCCACGAGCCGAAGAUUUACCACCCGAAGCCUUUGACGAUGCUGGGAAGAUAAAGGCGGAAUAUGUCAUUGAAGAGGCGUAUGCAUCAUAUCCUGAGAAGCACAGCGUUUGGGAUAAGAUCCACGCUCCGGAACUGGAGCUUUGUUUUGGGCUGGAAGAGAGUUGUGGACGAGGCUGGGUGCAAGCAGAGACUACCUUGCGAAUUCAAGAGAACAAAGAGAUGAAAGUCCCUUUCUCUUCGCAGAUAUUUCCUCCGCCAGUGUCCAUUGAUGCGAAGCUCUUGCCGCCUUUGACGGAUGGGCAGGCUGAUGCAAUGAAGAAGAUCAUGGCAUCAGCUGCAAUACCUCAAGCCCAAAAGAUGAAGUAUGUUGGAGAGUGGCAAAAGGCCAAGCAGUCCGGGAAGUUGCCCAACAACUCCAGCCAGGAGAUUAGCGAUGGCCUCCAACCGACAUAG